UUUGACUUCGCGAGAGCGCUGCGUGCAUAAGCAGACCACUCACGCGACGCGUUGUGGAUUUGUGAGGGACUAGGCGGUUUCCCUCUUGCCGACGAGCACCGACGAGUGCGCCGGAAAGCAGCGCGACCGGCAUGAAGCGAUGGUUUGGUCGCGAACACGCACUAUAGUUAUUUAUUGAAAUGAAGUAUCGUGGUACAUAUGCAUAUAACCUCUAGCUAUAAAUUUCAAUUUGAUUAAUUGAUAAUCAUUUCAACAUUAUCGUCCAAUUAUUUUUAAUCUUAAGGAUAAUACAACAUGCAAGUGGUAGAAAGUUGCUCUGCCUAUUUGAGCAAUUAUGAAGUUUUAGACCUUAUACAAAAUGUAGAAUCCAGUGAGAAGUUCAAGAAUUUAGCAACUAUUACUUUCCUAACAAAGGGAUACCUAGGAAGUACACCAUGUAUAAAACAGAACCCAGAAAAGAUUAAGAAGUUCUUACAGGCAAUAGGAUCUUUUAACUUAACUAAAUGCGAGAAACUUACUCUUCUAAAUCUUUGUCCUACAACUGCGCUUGAAAUACAAUUGAUUGUAGAGGACAGUGAGGACCGACUGUCAGAAGAAGAUGUUACGGCUGUGUUACAAAUUAUUGCCAACUUGCGAGAAAGUGAACAAGAUACUGAACAUAUUUAAUUUCUAGGCCUUGACAUGUUUAUAUUUUUAUGUACAUUUUUUUAUUCAUGUAGUAAAUAUGAAUAGAAAUACCAUAAUAUUUAAAUACAAUGAUAUAGUAUAAAUAA